CACUACAAACUAGCAACUGUGCAGGACUGACUGCAAAGUCGGUUAAGCCGAUCACCACAGUGAUAACAAUAACCUGUCACUCAAGGCUCAUAACAUAACGCCUGUUUCUGAAGCAGGACUGAAUCUGAGGAGGUCACCAUGAUGUCCGAUGAGUACCUGGUGGAGUGCAAGAUAGAUGAUGAUGAUGAUGAUGAUGACAGUGAUGAGGAUGUGAAGAAGAUCCAGCCAUCUCUAGCUCCACCACCACAGUUCUCUUCCUCUUCCCAAGCUUCCCUCACUCACGUUGAAACCAGGGACCCUUAUGGAGUCAACAACCACUUAAAGGUGGAGUUUAGUGACGUUUUGGCCGAGCCACCCUCCACCCGUAGUUACGACCGUGUUUGGGUGUACAGUGACAUUGGGUUCGAGUCAGCACGAAUCUGGAGUUACCGCUGCCUUACUGCAGUGUGUGCUGUCCCUGUUUCCUGCCUCUCUGGAUGUCUCUUUGCACUCCUGGCCUGCUUCCACAUCUGGUGUGUGAUGCCCUGUAUACAGGUGUGUCACACCUGUCUGCCCUGUGUGAGGUCGCUGUGGAUGAGUGUGGUGAAUAUCUUCAUCGCACCGUUCUGCACGUCUGCUGCCCGAUGCUGUAGUGGAGUGUACGUAUUAGUCUCCAAAGACUGAGAGGAAACUCAAUGAAAAACUGUGCACAAAUCCAUCCCCACGUCUUUUCUUCACAUGUCAACACUUAUUAAAGAAAGUUCUUACAAAAAAUGUAGAUGUUUAGGAUUUAGGCCCAUUUUAACUCUUAAACAAAUCUGUGUUUCAGGAGGGAGCCUGUGUAGGAGAUUAGGCUUGUUGCAGUAACAAGGAUAGUGUCAGUGUCGGAACAAAACCUUGUAUCUCCAAAAAAAAAGUAACUUCAGAGGAAAAGGGAAAAAACAUUAUUAUUUCAAUGGAAGUUAUUGUGAAGAGAUUUUAUUCUCAGUCAUUUUGGCCCAUUUCUAUUUGUCUGUUCAUCGCAAAAUUUUCACCCAAAGUAAAAUUCAAGACAAAAAUGGAGAUAUAAAGUUUUGUUCCGACAGCAACAAUAAAACUCAUUAUUUUUACAACUACCUCUCUUUCUUUGGCAUAAUUGGUGUUGAAAUGAGUACCAGCACUGUUGUCAGCAUUGACUGAACACACACACAUUGAUACUCUGUCAAUAUCACACUAAUAUUGAUAUCAUACUGUUGUAUAUGUGCAGUGCUCAUCAACUGCUAUCUGCUCUCAAUUUUUCAUUUUUAUUGCUCUCUAGGCUGUGAUU